CCAGAGCAGGACCAGGACACCCAUCAGGAUGAUGGGACUGAAGCACCAGAAGGGGAUCCAGAGAGAGGUGAGAUCCUGGACAGUGCAAGCCCACAGCAGGACAGAAAUACCCAUAAGACUGCAGAGAGUGAGACACCAAAACGGGACCCAAAAACCCACGAGGCCCACGAAACUGAGGCACCAGGGCAGGGCUCAAACCACCAUCAGAGUGCAGAGACGGAGUCAGCAGAGCAGGACCUGAAUUGGCCCUCUGAGACACGAGGAAGAGACCCAAACAACAAGACCCAGGUCUGCGAGGCCCCUCAGCAGGACCCCAACCCUGGCAAGACCCAGAAGCAGCUGCCCCCACAGCAGGGUGCAACCCCCCAUUGGGAUCCCAAGCCCCAAGCAACGUGCCAUGACCCAGCUUGCCGUGAGCUCCCUGAACCCAAGGUGCUGGAGCAAGAGUACAGCGGGGCAGAGGCUCCGUCUUGUCGAGCACAACAGCAACAAGAUGCUCACCACCACAGACAGCCCGCUAUAGAGCAACAGCUCCUGCAGCCACUGUAUCAGUGGCCACCACAGCAGUAA